UUUUCACAGAUUUUAUCGCAAUCUUUCGCGGCCAGUCUCUUCCUUCCUCUCCGGUCCCCGGCGAUUCUGUUUCUUCCUUGGAUCUCUGGCCUGGUUUUCCCUCGCGUUCUAUCUGUACAGUUUCACUUGGGAAUCUGCUGUUGUAUCGCUUUGCUCUCGCGAUUCGUUGCCUUGUCCGACUGUUGCUUUGAUUUUCGUUUGUUGUGCAAUUGAAACACAGGCAUAGACGGUAAGGAAGGACAGAGAUAGCUUUUGGCAAGAGACGGGUAGAUAGAUUACAGUGAUAGCCAUGAGAGGAAUUGUGAGGCUUUUAUCUUCUGUUUCACGGUGUGGAGCUCGUGAGAUUGUUUGUAGGGGAUCAACUUCUUAUUCUUCACUGGUAUCUCGGCGCUUGCUGUUCAUCUCGGUGACAAAUUCCUGGGAUCAUCAGACAACAAAUACUGCUCCUAUAUUUUCAAGAUCGUGUUAUCUCUCCGGGAAAUGGAACUGCUUGGGAGAAGGGCAGAGGAGAACAAUGUUUAUCCAAACACAAUCAACACCCAAUCCUUCUUCUCUAAUGUUUCAUCCGGGUAAACCAGUCAUGGAGGUUGGAAGCGCAGACUUCCCUAAUGCUCGUUCUGCUAUGGGUUCACCUUUGGCUAAGACCAUUUUCGCGAUUGACGGUGUAGUUCGAGUUUUCUAUGGGUCAGAUUUUGUCACUGUAACAAAGUCAGAUGAUGUACCAUGGGAUGUCCUCAAGCCUGAAAUUUUUGCGGCAAUCAUGGAUUUCUACUCUUCUGGCCAGCCUUUGUUUCUCGAUGCAGAAGUUGCUGCUGCCAAGGAUACGGCCAUUCAUGAGGAUGAUUCAGAGACCGUAGCAAUGAUCAAGGAACUGUUGGAGACGCGGAUUCGACCGGCUGUCCAAGAUGAUGGUGGGGACAUUGAGUAUUGCGGGUUUGAUCCGGAAACGGGUAUAGUUAAACUCCGGAUGCAAGGAGCUUGUAGCGGUUGUCCGAGUUCAUCUGUUACUCUGAAAUCAGGAAUCGAGAAUAUGCUGAUGCAUUAUGUAUCCGAGGUAAAAGGCGUAGAACAAGAAGUGGAUGAAGAAGCUGGAACUGGCCAGAUGGAGCAAUAGGAGGUCGGAUCAAGAAACUUGGCUUCUGUGUACUGAAUAAAAACAUAGCAAAACUGAUGGGUGUCGGCUGACGAUUCUCGAGCGCAUCAGCAAUGGCCCCCGAGAGGAAAAAUCAUGUAAUUUUCUCCUUGAUAGGUAGGAUGAUGCUUCUUCAUCACCGGCAUUCAGUUUCUCCAGCUGACAUGUCUGAAUGUUUUGUUUGCAUUAUCCACUGUUUUUUUUUAAUAAUCCAAAUCGAUUAUUCAGACAUAACCACAGUAUCCGAGAUUCGGUUAUCUGAUUUUCGGGA